GGCUCAAGUAUUUGAUGCAACAGUAAAUAUUUUUGUUCACUGUUGAUAUCUUGACCGAUUUGCAUUUAUGGUAUUUCUUUUAGAAUAUAUUAAUGUUUAUAAAAGCAAAUUAAAAAUAGAGAAAAGCCAUAAUUUCUACUGUUAAUAAAGAGAUGGAUGUGGGAAUGAUUUCCUAAAUCUCAAUUUUGCACAAGCUCAUGUAAAUGUUGUGUUUUUCCAUGAAAGUUGGUUCUGAUUCAGACUUUUUUUGCAGGAAAUUUCUGGGUUUACUUCGAGGAACUGUCACACAGUCUUGCUGGAGCAUGAGGUCGCCCUACUUUCCGGCGAGAUCUGUGCUUUUCCGAAAAGAGUCCAAUGGAGUGACGUACAGAGUCCCCGCUCUGAUCUACCUGCCCCGCAACAGAACCUUCCUGGCCUUCUGUGAGGAGAGACUCAGCCCGUCUGACUCCCAGGCUCACCUGCUCGUUGUGAGGAAAGGCACUUUCUUCAGGAACUAUGUGGAGUGGGGGAACAUCAGUGUUCUGGGCACCGCCUACCUUCCGGGCCACAGGUCCAUGAACCCGUGUCCAGUGUUCGAUGACUUCACGGGAACGCUCUUCCUCUUCUUCAUCGCUGUUCUUGGCCACACGUCAGAGUCCUACCAGCUGGUGACGGGGCAGAACGUGACCCGGCUCUGCUACAUCUCCAGCACCGAUGGCGGGGACACCUGGAGUCCAGUCACCGACUUGACCAAGACAGUCAUAGGAGACACCAUCAAAGAUUGGGCCACGUUUGCUCUCGGUCCGGGUCACGGCCUGCAGCUGAAGUCGGGCCGUCUGCUCAUUCCGGCCUAUGCCUAUCACAUUGAGUGCAAAGAGUGUUUUGGACGCCUCUGCCAGACCACUCCUCGCUCCUUCUGCUUCCAUAGCGACACGCACGGCAGGAGCUGGCGCUUCGGAGAAGCCAUUCCAGCUCCAGAGAGCGUGGAGUGCCAGAUGGUGUCUGUGGAUGAAGAGGACGGCUCCAACGUGUUGUACUGCAACGCACGGAGCCCUCUGGGAUACAGGGUGCAAGCCCUCAGUCUGGAUGACGGAGCCGUGUUCCAGUCUGGGCAGCUGGUGCCCCGGCUGGUGGAGCCUCGAAACGGUUGUCACGGCAGCAUCGUUGGAUUUCCUGCCCCGUUACAUUUGUACAAAACUCUGAAGAAUUGCUCAAAGCGUCUCGGCUCCAGACACUGGACAUCCCACUUGAGUAACGUUCACCCUCACCAUCACAAUCCAGAUUUCCUGAACCCCACCUGGGUGGUGUAUUCCCAUCCCACACUGACCACCGCCCGCAAGGAUCUGGGUCUGUUCCUCAGCCUGUUUCCACGGGAUCCAGACAGCUGGCGUGGCCCCUGGGUGAUUUACGAGGGUCCUAGCGCGUACUCCGAUCUGGCCUACCUGGAGCUGUCCGCCUCACCUGAAGCCAUCCCUGCCGUGGCCUUCGCCUGCCUCUUUGAGUGCGGCACCAAAACCCCCUACGAUGAGAUCUGCUUCAGCAUAUUCACACUCUACGAGCUCAUCGACAAUCUGCCCACGAACGCACAGCCGAGGCAGGACGACUGGGAACAGACACACCAGACCCAGAGAGCACCUGCUGUCCAGCCGAGGCCACACGUGAAGAAGAGGAGGAAGAAGCUGCUCGAGAUGUGUUCUGCUUCCUAAACAGUCUGAAACUUUUUCUUUCAUGAUUAAUACCAUUCAAAUACAAUGUAUUCCUUCCUCAGGUGCACUGUUAAAGCAAAUUCAAUAUUAAAAUGCAAUUUUCAUGA